AUGGCCAAUAUAACACAUCCUCUCCAGAGGCUAGCCUCGCCUUCAAGGUCUCUAUCUGCAAUAGUCCAUCUUCUUGGCAUAACUUCUUUUUCCCUGUCAUUCCGAUGGCUCGUCAUGUACCCUAGUCCUCAACAGCAGGAGUUUGGCGGCAGCUUCCAAUUCCUGACGAUCAUCGGCUUGGCUCUUGCUCUUACAAGCAUGGUUUUCGGGCUCCUCGCGGACCUGACCUUGAAUCAAAGCCUGUUCAAGAUCAAGAAUAUCAUAUCCGUCUGCUCAACUCCAUUGGAAGUGCUGAUAAGCAUUUUGUACUGGGGUAUCAGCUUCAUCGACAAGAGGCUGUUAGUUCCUGAGGAGCUUCAACUGCCCUUCCUACCGGACUUUGGUUUCCAUGCCAUGCCGGCUAUCAUGUUAGCCCUCGACCUGCUGCUUUUGAGCCCGCCCUGGACCAUCAAAUUCCAGGGAGCAAUGAUGCUAAGCACGGUGAUCGCAUUCAUGUACUGGGCGUGGAUCGAGUACUGUUUCUCUCACAAUCAGACAUAUCCAUAUCCUAUCUUCACGCUUCUCACCACACCUCAGAGAAUUGCGCUGUUCGUUGGGUCAGGCAUCACCUGUGCCAUUAGUACGAUGGGCUUGAAGUGGCUAUACGGCAAGAUCAACGGCAUUGAGGAGUUCAAGAAAGAAGCUAUCAACCCGGCCAAGCUAGAGUAA